UCAACACAAGCAGACGGUAUUAGAUGGACUCGAAUUCAGUUUGAGAUGACAGAAUGUCCAUUUUACUUUAUAACCUGGAUCGUUUAUUUUAUGUGUUGUCGACCGGAUAGAGAAAUUAAAAAGAGAUUUUUCUAAUUCAAAAAUUUCUAAAUGAAGAGUCGGGAUGCGCUCUUCUCCGCUAAGGGGUACUGGUGACUGUCGUCUGCUUUGGGAUGGAAUUGUUAAAAGUGUGUUGGCGCUGUGUCUCAUGUGCACAAGUUAUGCAGGCGUCGGUGCAUUAAAGUGUACUCCAUGUAACCCCAGCAUGUGCCCUGACCCCCCAAAAAAUUGUCCCCGGGGAACGAUUCUAGAUGUAUGCGGGUGUUGUCAAGUGUGUGGCAAGAACGUCAACGAGACAUGUGGAGGACCGUUUGAAAUUGUAGGCAAGUGUGGGGACGGGCUAGAGUGUGCCCUGACUUCUGAAGUCGGGGGCUCGAUAACAGGCAGCGAAAAAGGGAUCUGUCGAGAAAUCAUUUCUAAGAAAUGUGAGAAAGUAAAAUGUGCAGACAUUGCAAUAAAGAGAAAGUGUCCAAUGGAUUCAACUCUUGUUCAGGUCGAGCAUGUAAACAGUUGUUGUAAAGGUAGCUACCAAUGUGUGUGCAACAUGAACUUCUGCAAGAAGACACGUUGUGCUCCAGGAUUUGAGAGUGUGCUUCAUCACUCUGCUGAGGGUCAUCCAGGGUUGUGCUGUGACCAAUAUGUUUGCCAACUAUCAG